AUGGCUGAUCAAGCAGUCGCGCGCCUGGCCGGCAUAAAUGUCGGUGCCCCUGCGCAUAUUCCCCCCAGUGGCGAUUUUGGCCUCAUCGGUUUGGCCGUCAUGGGCCAAAACCUCAUCCUAAACGCCGCCGACCAUGGAUUUACAGUUGUUGCCUUCAACCGCACAGUUUCAAAAGUCGAUCGAUUCUUAGACAAUGAGGCCAAAGGAAAAUCGAUUGUUGGAGCCCAUUCAAUCCAGGAGUUUUGCGCAAAGCUCAAGAAACCCCGCCGAAUUAUGCUGCUGGUCAUGGCCGGCAAACCCGUCGACGAUUUCAUCGAGGCACUCCUUCCCUACGUCGAACCCGGUGACAUCAUAAUUGACGGUGGAAACUCUCAUUUCCCCGACAGCAAUCGCCGCUGCAAAUACCUCAAGGAGCGUGGAAUUCGCUUCGUCGGAGCCGGUGUGUCUGGCGGCGAGGAAGGCGCCCGCUAUGGACCCAGUUUGAUGCCGGGAGGGAACGAAGAGGCAUGGCCAUAUAUCAAGGAUAUCUUCCAGAGUAUUGCUGCCCAGAGCUAUGGUGAGCCAUGCUGCGAUUGGGUAGGAGACGAGGGUGCAGGCCAUUAUGUCAAGAUGGUCCAUAACGGUAUCGAAUAUGGAGAUAUGCAGCUCAUUUGUGAGGCCUAUGAUAUCAUGAAGAGGGGUCUCGGUAUGACCGCUGCGGAGAUGGGUGAUGUCUUUGAGAAGUGGAACAAGGGUGUUCUCGAUUCAUUCUUGAUCGAAAUUACUCGAGAUGUCUUGCGCUACAACGAUGAAGACGGCAAGCCGCUGAUUGAAAAGAUCUUGGACACCGCUGGUCAAAAGGGCACUGGUAAGUGGACUGCUAUCAACGCUCUUGAUCUUGGUAUGCCGGUGACCUUGAUCGGAGAAGCUGUCUUCUCCCGUUGCCUGAGCUCUCUGAAACAAGAGCGAGUUCGCGCCAGCAAGAUCCUGCAAGGCCCUAAGCCCGAGUUCACUGGUAACCGGGACGAGUUCAUCAACAAUCUGGAGCAAGCCCUUUAUGCUUCCAAGAUCAUCUCCUAUGCGCAAGGUUUCAUGCUGAUUCAGAAUGCUGCCAAAGAGUAUAACUGGAAAUUGAACAAGCCCUCGAUUGCAUUGAUGUGGCGUGGUGGCUGCAUCAUCCGUUCCGUCUUCUUGAAGGACAUUACCAACGCAUACCGGAACGACCCUGAGCUUGAAAAUCUCCUCUUUGACGACUUCUUCAACAACGCCAUCCACAAGGCACAGCCCGGAUGGCGCGAUGUUGUCAGCAAGGCAACCUUAUGGGGUAUCCCAGCUCCAGCCUUUUCAACUGCGUUGAGUUUCUAUGACGGCUAUCGCUCGCAUGAUCUCCCAGCCAACCUCCUCCAGGCCCAGCGCGACUACUUCGGCGCGCAUACUUUCUUGAUGAAGCCGGAAUGCGCCAAUGAGAGGUAUCCAGCAGGAACGAAUGUCCACGUCAACUGGACCGGCCGCGGAGGCAAUGUCUCUGCUUCCAACUACCAAGUCUAA